GACGACCGUCACAAAGCCCUGCAUGAGGUUUUGCGUACAUAGACAUAUUUUUUUAUGUUUUCAAAUGUUACGAUACUAUGUGACGUCACAGCGGAAAUUUGCAUCAAUCAAAACAAUCUAACAAUUCAUUUGCGGUCAUCGAUAUUGUAAACAAUUAAUGUGUAUACAAACCGAUAUAUUGGUAUCAGCAUUUCAAGAGUGGUCGAGAACUUAAUUAGAGCGUAAAGCUUGAAGCCAGGGACCAAGAAAUUUGACCAAUCCCUUACUAGUUGGCUGUUGAUAAUUCAGACUACAUGCUGAUCGAAAACAAGACAAAGAGAAAAUACAAUUGUUGGAUGGGUAAUUUCAUUACACGACAACGCAACCAGAAGACGAAAAACCUGAUAGAAAAAUUUAAAACGUUGGGAAAAAACAAUGUUCUGAACGAGAAAACACGCAAAGCAUUCAAAGAACUUCUUCAGAAGGUGACUUUCUUAUCCGAACUUGAAUCAAAGAGAACUUAAAAGGAAGAGGAAAAUAAUCAAAUCAACAGACUCGACCGAGCAAGACAAAACAAGAAAUAGGUGGUUGAUAUCUAGAAGAGACUGUUAAUUCAAGAAGUCUGUUUAAAUUCAAAUUGGAGUUCUAAGCGAUGGCACAUCCAGCAAGGUGGUCCAUUUGAAGAUCUGUUGGACAGACUUCAGAAAUUGUCUAUCAUGACAAGUCGUGUUUACAGAUGCCAAACUGCAUUCUACUUGUAAUUAAACAUCUUCAUGGACGUUGUAUAAUUCGUCAUUAGUGACUAAGAUUCUAUAAAAAUUUAGACGCAAUUUUAUUUCGUGGGAGUUAGGGACUUGUAUCAAGAUGAGCGAGUUGGACGGAAGAGCAAUCUAGAAUCCAAACCGGAACUCUACAUCGCCAAACAAGAACUCACAAGUAAUAUAACCAAAUAUUUGAAAAGGCGGAUAGCAAAUAAUGACAAGCAAAUAUACAAUAGAAAAGGGAAGUGCAACGAGCGAUCAGGAAUCGUAUUAUUCAAGUGAAGAAGCUUGACUUCCUGGUAAGCACGUGUUAUCUCUCCAACGCAAACCAAAAAAGACGGGUGCAUCAAGCCAGGAAUCUCUGUACGUAUUGAACGGAAGUAGAACGUAAAAUUUCAGGAGACAAAAACAGAGCUCGCUACGCUGACCAAGCCUUCGUAUCAUCGAAGUGAAGUGGGAUUUUGCAAACGUGGAAUCGAGAUCUCCAGCAAUGAUGAAUGCAACAUCUUGCGCGGUAGGGAGCAACCUGCAAUACCUCGAGUUCCUAAGACCCGCUUACAUCGCGAACUGCGUGCUAAACUCAAUCUUCGCAAUGGUAGCAAUUAUAGGGAACUCCCUGGUUGUACUCGCGCUCAAGAGGAACCCGGGGCUGCAAGACCCGUGUUACUUAUUACUCGGUAUCCUAGCGAUGACGGAUCUGGCGGUAGGCGUACUUGUACAACCGAUGUAUGUGAUUUACAAAGUGGCGGAGCUUUACGAGAUGGCAGAGAUGUCUUGUAUAACAGGCGUGAUCACUAACAUACUCGCGAAUAUCGCGUCGGGUAUGUCAUUCCUCACCAUGAAUCUCAUCACCGUGGACCGUUUUUUUGCGUUACAUUUACACUUGCGUUACAAAGGGAUUGUCACGCGAGGUCUCUAUGUUAAGGUCACGCUAGGGACGUUGGCAAUCGUUUUCUUGUUUGCGUCCUUUUAUCCGUGGAAGGUGAAUGUCUCGGUCGUCUUCAAUGCAUUUGUCGUGGCGAUAUGUCUGAUUAUUUCUACCGUGGCGUACAUCAAAAUCAUACAUGUUCUAAAGCAUCACCAAGCCGCUAUCCAGUCUGAAUCCGAGUUAAACAGACAUAAGAUCUCCGAUUUAGAAAAGUACCAGUGCGAUAUCCAAUCAAAGACCGAACUUAGCAAUCAUGUCACAGAGGAAGGACCAAAACACCUCCACAACAAUAUUCACCAACACCGCCAUAACAAUAUUCACCCACAAAAGGAUCUUACCAAUCUAAGUGUCCCAGAUAAAAGACUCGAUAAGUGCCAUAAUGAAGUCACUUCUCAAAGCGAUCCUAACAAAGUCUCAGUGUUUGGGAUCAAGAAGUACCGCAAGUCUCUAGUGAGCAUGGUGUACGUGCAGGCAGUGUUUCUGUUGUGUUACACGCCGCUCUUGUUGACUCUUAUAGCAAGAUUUUUUGUCGGGGUGUCCAAGGAGUGGAAGUUAGGCUGGAACAUAACAACCACUGUGGUCUAUAUCAACUCAUCGCUGAAUCCUUUGCUUUACUGUUGGAAACUAAAGCGCGUGAGAGUAGCGGUGAUUAGAACUACGACUAUGUUAUGGCAUGGAGAGGAGAACACGCAUUCUAGAGUGCCCGGAGCGAGUGUGGGCUUAGAGGUUUAGGGGAAAAUACCAAGUACCAAGUACCCUGUACCAAGUAACAAGUACCCUGGUUUCAAAACCUGAGGGUAGCCAGCUAACCUACGUUUACGGCGCAACACUUGAGCGCAAAAUGCUAGUUACCCAGACGCCUAAGCGCGAUGGUCAAAAUGUAUCAAUUGUAAGACUGUAAUAUUAACGAUCUCCAGCAUCACAAUCUUGUUUUUUAGUAAAUAAAUAUGUCGUCAUGAAAGCGUUCCAUUCUA